UAGAUAGCGAAAGACAAUUUGUACGUACUGGAAAUUAUACGCUUAUCGUCUCCGGGCUUGUCCUCGUGCGAGAAUUUGCGAGUAUAAAAACGCAGCGUUAACCACGAGUAAGCAGUCAGUCGAGGUGUCGUGCAGUGUUGACAAUUCUCGAGCAGUAUGACGAGCUCCAUUCUCGACGCUUCGCUUCCUGCGCCGCAGUGCAGUCAUCCCUUCGUGGGUGGACCUCAGCUGACGGACGUUUGCGCAGCUGGUAAUGUCUCCUUGUUUCUGACGACGCUGAACGCUCUGCUCAUCGCUAACCCGAAGAUCGGAGAUUCUUGCGGUCGCAUCGAGCCGAUAGCACGGCCAGCUCCAGUCUACGACUUCAUUAUCGUCGGCGCCGGAGCUGCUGGUCCUGUAGUUGCCUCGAGAUUGAGCGAAGUAGAGAAAUGGUCUGUUCUCCUGAUCGAGGCGGGACCGGACGAGCCGGCGGGAUCUGAAGUACCCAGCCAUCUCCAACUCUAUCUCGGUGGUCCGCUAGAUUGGCAGUACCAGACCACGAACGAGUCGUACGCCUGUCUGAAUACAAAGGGCAGCUGUUAUUGGCCGCGUGGUAAGAAUCUUGGCGGGAACACCGUUCACCACGGUAUGGCCUACCACCGUGGACACGCGAAAGACUUCAAGAGAUGGGUGGACCAAGGCUGCGAUGGAUGGUCCUGGGAUGAUGUUCUGCCGUACUACAAGAAGUCGGAGGACAACAGGGAAAUCGGUAGAGUCAGCGCGAAGUACCACGGUACAGGCGGAUUGAUGACUGUCGAAAGGUUCCCCUGGCAACCGGAAUUCGCGAGCGCUGUCAUGAAGGCUGCGGAAGAAACUGGAUUCGGCACUACCGAAGACAUGACUGGCGAUAAAAUCACCGGCUUCACGGUAGCUCAGACCAUCAGCAGAGACGGCGUGAGAUUGAGCAGCACCAAGGCGUUCGUGACGCCGUUCAGGCAUCGCAAGAACCUUUCAGUGAUGACUAACGCAUUGGUUACAAAGAUUAGAACGGUUGGCAAGAGGGCAGUCGGUGUUGACGUAGAAGCGCACGGACGCAAAUACUAUAUCAAAGCGAAACGCGAGAUAAUCGUGUCGGGAGGUGCCGUGAACUCGCCGCAGCUGUUGCUCCUGUCGGGAAUCGGGCCCAAGGAACACCUGAAGUCCGUCAAAAUCCCUGUCGUCCACGACCUGCCGGGCGUCGGCGAGAAUCUUCACAACCAUCAGUCGUUCGGUUUGGACUUCACCCUGGGCGAGCACCUGUUCAACGAGCUGAACUUGGACAGCGCGGAACAGUAUCUGUACAAUCAAACCGGACCGAUGUCGGGCACGGGCAUGGCUCAAGUGACGGGGAUCUUGACGUCCAACAUGACGACUCCGGACGAUCCGGACAUUCAAAUAUUCUUUGCAGGCUUCCAGGCUGUAUGCCAGAGCAAAUUGAAGAUCGCGGAUCUGCCGACCGGCGGUUCUAGGAUGCCUGUCAGAUUCACCUCCGUGAACAUACAACCAACCAGCAGCGGACGCUUGACGCUUCGCGACAAGGACCCGCACAGCCAUCCGAUUAUCUGGAGCAACGACUUGGGCACCGAACACGACAGGCUGGUCGUGCUUAACGGUGUUCAACACAUUCUGAAACUCGCUAACACGACCGUGAUGAAGGAGCUCGAUCUGCAAAGACUCAACGAAACCGUCCCGGAAUGCGAGAAGUUCGGAUUCGAAACCGACCAGUACUGGCUGUGCGCCAUCACUUACAACACGAGACCGGAGAACCACCAGAGCGGUUCAUGCAAAAUGGGGCCCGCCAGUGAUCCGUUGGCGGUGGUCAGCCCACGAUUGAAAGUGCACGGAAUGAAGGGACUGAGAGUGGCCGAUGCUUCCAUCAUGCCGAGGGUGGUAUCCGGUAACCCGGUGGCAGCGAUAAACAUGAUUGGAGAAAGGGCUGCCGACUUUAUCAAGCAAGACUACGGACUGUAAUCAACGACGGGGAGAAGACAUCGCUCAUCCAUGAUGGGAACGAA